AAUAAAAUAGGGAACAGCGAAUGAAACUAAAUAGUAGUCCAUGAAUGUUGAAUAGUCCAACAAAACAAUAGAUUCUUCUUUAUGAGGAAUAUUCAUUAAAAUUAAAGGUUAUAUCGCGGCGUGACAACUGUCAAAUUAUGAUGAGUGCUGCUAACCGAUGCUCCAUUAUUCGUGGCUGCCCGCAGUACAUUCCCUUUUAGGUGCCUUUUUCCUGCGCUUGGCUACCCAACCAGUUCAUAAAAACAAUCUAUUUUUUGAUCUCGUGCCCAAGAGUAAUACCAUGAAAAUUUAAGUCAUGGCCAGCGGCGGUGUCCUCUCCUCUUUUCGCUGCUUCCUAUUGGCUGGAAGAAUGACCACGUGACUCAAUUAUCCUGGGACGAGCUUCUGCGGUUGGCUAGUGCUGGCUGCGGUUGCCCGGCGGUCAGGCUAUAAGCUGGGCAUUUGUGAACGACCACAACAGUGGCAACUUUGCGGCCGCAGUUAUGGCUGUGUCUGUGUGUGUGGCUUCCAGUGACUCUCAGCGGGCCAGGUUCCUGCAGAACAUGGAAUCUACAGGAAUGGGAACGGUAACUUCCAGUGCUGUUGGAAACCCACAAAAGCAGUACUUUGCAUUAGAGGAUGUAGUUAACAGGACAUUUUUCAACAAUCAUAUCUCCAAGACUGAGAAACGUAGCUUUAAUGAUUAUGAUAAAACUAAAGACAAUCGAAACUUAUCUCUUGAACAGAACAUCCAAGAUUCAAAUUCAUACUCGGAAGAACUAAGCCAAGAUGUACUGAAUUCGAUGCCGGAAACUCAAAACACGCAUAACGUAAAUGACUCUAGAAUUUUUUCUAGUAUAUAUUGCCAAGGUAGUCCGCCCGCAGCGAAUCUGUAUUUUUUCAGCGAGCUCUCUCCUUAUACUUUUGAAUCUUCAUUUCACAUCAGCCAAAAUUUAGCCCAGUCACUAGGAAGUCCAGGACUGCCAUCACUGUUCAGUCCAAGCACCAGAUCUUCGCUUAGUCCGUGUUCGUCUAAUGGCUCACUGUCUCCUCCUCCUCCUCUGGGCUCGUCUUCUUGGUGUUUUGAAACUUCAGAAGAAACUCAUCUAUCUCGAACAGACCCAAUCAACUCCGCUGGAAAGCAUCUACCGAAACCCAAAAACCAUAACCGCAACUCCAUCGUUGAAACAGAAACGAAAAAAAUUGCACCCAAGUUGAAAUUUUAUGGCACUGGAGCUCUUUGCUCCUCAUUAUCUUCGUCUGUAGCGUACAAGAGGCAAGGGAACAAACUAAGCAGCCGCGAAGUUUUGAAGAAACGUCGUUUGGCCGCCAACGCCCGCGAAAGAAGGAGAAUGACUGGCCUUAACGAAGCCUUUGACAGACUGAGGGAAGUGGUGCCGGCCCUCACUGGAGACCAGAAGCUGUCCAAGUUUGAGACUCUUCAGAUGGCACAGACGUACAUCAACGCUCUCUUCGAUCUGCUGCACUAGAAGCAAAGACGUUAUUCUGCUGGGCAUAUGAGUCCUGAUUCUCAAAUAAUCUGAUCAAAGCUUCUUGAAAAUUCUGCAGUUCUAAGCUGCGGAAACGGCCUUCACUGUCCAAGAAACGUGGAUUGACUUGUUUCCAAUAAACAAUCACUACUCGU